GAGGCGUCGUGGGAAUGAUCCCAUGCCACCGUAAGCCUCCUGGGAGCCACCCUGCGCCGCCGCAAAGCAUCCCGGGAACUACCCGCUGCUGCUGCAGAGCAUCCCGGGAGCCACCCUUGUGCCGCCGCAAGGCAUCCUGGGAACUGCCCCGUGCCACUGCAAGGCAUCCUGGGAAUCACCCUGUGCCGCCGCAAGGCAUCCUGGGAGCCGCCCUUGGGCCGCUGCAAGGCAUCCUGGGAGCCACCCCGUGCUCCUGCAAGGCAUCCUGGGAAUCACCCUGUGCCGCCGCAAGGCAUCCUGGGAGCCGCCCUUGGGCCGCUGCAAGGCAUCCUGGGAGCCGCCCUUGGGCUGCGCAAGGCAUCCUGGGAGCCGCCCUUGGGCUGCUGCAAGGCAUCCUGGGAGCCACCCUGUGCCGCUGCAAGGCAUCCUGGGAGCCGCCCUUGGGCCGCCGCAAGGCAUCCUGGGAGCCGCCCCGUGCUGCUGCAAGGUAUCCUGGGAAUCACCCUGUGCCGCUGCAAGGCAUCCUGGGAGCCACCCUUGUGCCGCCGCAAGGCAUCCUGGGAGCCGCCCUUGGGCCGCCGCAAGGCAUCCUGGGAGCCGCCCUUGGGCCGCCGCAAGGCAUCCUGGGAGCCGCCCUUGGGCCGCUGCAAGGCAUCCUGGGAGCCGCCCCGUGCUGCUGCAAGGUAUCCUGGGAAUCACCCUGUGCCGCUGCAAGGCAUCCUGGGAGCCUCCCUUGUGCCGCCACAAGGCAUCCUGGGAGCCACCCUUGUGCCGCCGCAAGGCAUCCUGGGAGCCGCCCUUGGGCCGCUGCAAGGCAUCCUGGGAGCGGGGCUAGGGCCACUGCAAGGCAUCCUUGGAGCCGCCCUUGUUCCGCCGCAAGGCAUCCUGGGAGCCGCCCUUGGGCCGCCGCAAGGCAUCCUGGGAGCCGCCCUUGGGCCGCCGCAAGGCAUCCUGGGAGCCGCCCUUGUGCCACAGCAAGGCAUCCUAGGAGCGGGGCUAGGGCCACUGCAAGGCAUCCUGGGAGCCGCCCUUGGGCCGCCGCAAGGCAUCCUGGGAGCCACCCCGUGCCGCUGCAAGGCAUCCUGGGAAUCACGCUGUGCCACCGCAAGGCAUCCUGGGAGCCGCCCUUGUGCCGCUGCAAGGCAUCCUGGGAGCCGCCCUUGUGCCGCUGCAAGGCAUCCUGGGAGCUGCCCCGUGCCGCUGCAAGGCAUCCUGGGAGCCACCCUCCUCCGCUGCAAGGCAUCCUGGGAGCGGGGCUAGGUAGGGCGGCCCAUGUUGCCCGUCCUCGCUGGGCCAACUUUGGUUGGUCGCGCAGUCUCCGUCCCCAAAGGCGAACCAUCCGGCGAAGGAGCCCACCCGCCACGGGCGCGGGAUGGGGGGAUGGCGGGGUGGGGGCGGGGCGGACGCUCCAGAGGGGAACCACCCGACCCCUUCGGUCACCCAGACCCCUUUGGGGCCGGAAACGGCGCCGGGGGAGAAGAGGCCGACGUUGGACGCGAGGAAAGCCUUCCCCGUCCCGACUGGCGGCCCUGCUGACGUCGACGGCUUCUGUGGGGGGGCCGCGAGUCGUUGUACUUCUCCGUGCCUCAGUUUCCUCCCUGUACAUCUCCCCCUCGGACCGCGAGCCCCACGCGGGACGGGGAUUGCGCCCGACCCGAUGGGCUUGUACCCUCCCCGGCGCUUGGCACUCAGUAAACGCUUAACGAGUUUCUCA